UACUCAAAUUGUAGUCGUGAACGCUCACCUAUCCGAGGCGAGCCAAUUCCUAUCCUAUCCUAUGCUUGAAGUGUAGUUGCAGUUGCGCGCUUCGUUACAACUUCUCAGCAGUGGCCUACUGAUGAAGCAGAAGAUUGAAGUAGUCUACUGUUGAAGUUUCGCGCUCUUGUCCCUGCGCCGCAAGCUUUUCCGAACUUUCGAGGGCGACCAGCCUGGUAUUUUGCCGCCGUGACAUGGUCAGCAGAUUCGACAUGGACAAAUGUCGUGCCUAUACGCUUACCUUGUCGCAGGUGAGCUAACUCCUAUCCUAUCCUAAAUGUCUUUAAAGUCGUGUCAGUCAUUUUUAUCUUCUGGAUUCAUUUCGGGGCCGAGGUCGGAACACGACCCCCAUCUAGUUCUAGAUCUAGUAAUCUCUUUGAAAUCUAAUCUGAUUUUUUCUGGCAUGGCCUAUCAAUGA